GAGGAAAAAGCCAAGCCCAGCUCAGCUCUCCCCUUCUAUCAACUUCUGCCUCAGCAACUGGUCACAGUCUCACAUGCCUGGUUCUCUGAGAAAAAGCUUGAGAGAGAAGCAGAGAAAGAGAGAGAGGAAGAUCCCAUGUUCCUCAUAUAAAGUAGCGACAUUGUGGCUUUGAGAGAAGAGGGAGAGAUUGAAUUGAUUUGCGGCUCAUGUGAUGCUUGAUUCCUCUUCAUUUUGAACCUUAUUUUGAAAUGAGGAAACAUGGAUGGCAGCUUCCUUACCAUCCUCUACAGGUGGUGGCCAUUGCUGUUUUCUUGGCUUUAGGUUUUGCUUUCUAUGUGUUCUUUGCCCCUUUUGUGGGGAAGAAGGAGUUCCAAUAUUUGGCUUUAGGGAUUUAUACUCCACUUAUAAUCUCUGUUCUCUUCUUGUAUAUUUGGUGCGCCGCUACUGAUCCUGGGGAUCCUGAAGUAUUGAAAUCUAACAAGUAUCUUGGUAUUGCGAAAGUAGAAAAGAAGGACCAAUCCAAGGCGUGUGGAAGGGAAAUCGAAUUACCUCCAUCUAUCAAUGAGGCACAUAUUGAAACAGUCGAAGAUAAUUCCGCCAUGGGCUCUGGCAGAAAAGCCACAGAAGGAUCACCUCAUGUGCAUGAAAGUAAAAAAGAUCCAUGUAGAUUAAAUCCUUUUUUGAUGAUUUUGUUUAGUUGGUGCCCUCUAUUUUCGCAAUGCAACCAGAAUGGGCAAUCUUCAGAGCAGCAAGAUAGUGAGGAUGGGAUGUUCUACUGUAGUCUAUGUAAAGUAGAGGUAUCAAAAUGCAGCAAGCAUUGUAGGGUUUGUGACAAAUGUGUGGAUGGCUUUGACCAUCAUUGCAGGUGGCUAAAUAACUGUAUUGGCAGAAGAAAUUAUGGAAGAUUCUUCAUACUCAUGGUCUCAGCACUUAUCUUGCUUGUUCUUCAGUGGUCGACAGGAAUUGCAGUGCUGAUUUUAUGUUUCCUUGAACGGAAUCAGUUCUCAGUCAAUAUAGUCUCAAAAUUGGGAAGUAGCUUCUCUUUGGUGCCAUUUGUCGUGGUUGUGGCUUCUUGUACCUUCCUAGCAAUGCUUUCCACUCUGCCACUUGCUCAGCUUUUCUUCUUCCAUGUUUUGUUGAUAAAAAAGGGAAUCAGCACUUAUGAUUAUAUAAUAGCUUUAAGGGAACAGGAUCAGCAAGGCAAUAGUGUUCAACAAAGCCCCCAAAUGUCUCCGGUGAGUUCUGUUACUGGAUUAAGCAGUGGUAGUUCCUUUAAUGCUUUUCGCCGUGCUGCCUGGUGCACUCCUCCAAGACUAUUUCUUGAGGAUCAGUUUGAUGUUGUUCCUCAAGAAACAACCAUGCCCACACAUUUUGCUGGCAAGAAGGUAGUGGCAGAGUCGAGGAGAAAAAAUGCUACUGUGAAGAUUAGUCCUUGGACACUCGCAAGGCUCAACGCAGAAGAAGUUUCAAAAGCUGCAGCAGAAGCCAGGAAAAGAUCAAGAAUCUUAAAGCCAAUUGUGAGACAGGACUUGCCACCAGGACAGGAAACCGAUAGCAGCUUCGGAAGCGACAGUGGUAGGUUCCUUCCCAAGCUCGAAAUCUGGAACCAAUCUAACAACAGAGGCCGAUCAAACACAGAUCUCCCCAUCGAUUGCUUCACAAAAUUAUCUUCCAAAACUACCAAAAACAGUAAAUCUAGCAAGUUGGCGCCUCUGCAACUUGAAGCAAGGAGUGCCUUCACAACAAGCAAAGCCAUGUCUGCCUCAGGGAUUGCUACUUUUUCCCCUGAUAGCAGUUUAGGCUCUCCUGAUAUCCACCCAUUUGGCGUUUCAUCUUCAGCAGCUGAAGAGACACAUGGAUUUAAGUGUCUUCUUCCAUCUUCAGGCACACCUGUAUAUGGUGGAAUUCUUCUCUCAAGGUCUACCAGUGAUGGCUAUGAUGCUUCUGGUGGAGAAGAUAGUGAUCAGAUUCCUUCAGGAAUUAUACCCAGAUCUGUCAACUGGAGCAACUUGCUCAUCAACUCGGACCGUGCAAGUAUGGAGAAUGAACGCAAGGUAUCGUCAUCAUCAGAAAGCUUGCAGGUCAGGCGUUGAUAACUUGCUUGAAUGUUAAUAUUGUUUGUGAUUCAUUAAUGCUGUAGCAAGAAGAUGCAGAUGGAACAAAUUUUCUUUUGGUUUUCAUCGUUUUAAGGAUUUCAUCUUCUUCAUUGUGUUGAAUGGAUUUGUCUUGUUUUAAGAAUUGUUAGGUUGUAAUUCAUUAAUGCUGUAGUCAUCAGAACUCCUGAAUAUUUUGCUGAAAUUAAGGUUUUGUUUGGGACUAUUUUUUUAUUGCUUCUUAAAAUAGCUUUUUCGUUUAAAAAUUAAAAUUUUUAUACCAGAA